AACAGGUUUAGUGAGAUUUUUGAUGACAUCAUGGCAUCGUUCAUAACUAUAUAAACCCCUCGGUCACCCGUUCAACACACAGCGGAUGGUGGAAGACGAUAUCUGCAGAUAGCACAGUUACAGUAACAGAUCAGAGAGAAAGAUGCUGAAGAUGUUGGGCGUGUUGGCUCUGGUUCUGCUGGUAGCCGGUAUGAACGAAGGACGAAUUGUGAGCAAAUGUGACCUGAAAGCUCAGCUGGACGUGGCUUUUGGAGCAAAUAUGCCCGGAAACACGACUCAAGGCACACCUGCAAAUACGACCGGAAACGCGACUCAAGGCAAACCUCCAAAUACGACCAGAAACGCAACUCAAGACACACCUACAAAUAUGACCGGAAACCUCACUCAAAGUGUGCCUAGAAAUAUGACUGGAAACAUGACAGGAGAGCUCAUCGCCAGACUUGUCUGUGCGGUAGAACGUACGUCAAGGUUUAACACCAGCCUUGUUACCACAAUCCAGUUACCAGCCCCUACCCAAAACUCACCAAAACCAAAUGGCCCACAUCAAAAACCAGGAGACAGACCAGGUGACUCAAAUGAGGAACAUCCAGGUGGAAGUACGGGUAACUCACAUGGUGGAAAACGAGGUGACUCAAAUGAGGAACAUCCAGGUGGAAGUAAGGGUAACUCACAUGGUGGACGUCCAGGUGGAAAACGAAGUGACUCAAAUGAGGGACGUGCAGGUCGUAAACUGAGAGGAAAACGAUCCCCUCCUCGGUCACCAGGACGAGGUCAUGACAGGCCCCCUGCUGGUAGUUCAGGCAUUUUACCUGGUACCACCAUGAACCUGUACGGCAUCUUUCAGCUGAGCGAUCGUGUGGCGUGCGAUUCUGGAUCGAACCAGACGAUGAACAUCUGCCGCAUGAACUGCAACGCUCUCAUUGAUGAUGACAUCAGGGACGACAUUGCCUGUCUGAAGACCCUGAUGGGAUUCAUGAGCAAUGUCACAAUCACUUCUCCCUCCUCAACUCCUCGUAUCAUAAACAUGGACGUAACGUUUGUGGAGGAGUGUCGCUCUGUGGUUCCCUCACAGUACUUUACUGUGUGCGUCUAAAAUAUUCACAGCGUUCCCUACGAUGAUUUGAUUCUGUCAUUGUAAUUAAACGCAUUGCUGUAAUAGAUCACAUAGUUCACCAGUACAUUAUUUUACUUUUAAUACAGUGACUGAAAAGUGCUCUCACAAUUACAGUCCUCAUAUACAAUGACUUGACUGAAAAGUGCUCUCACAAUUACACCCAUCAUACAGAAUGACAUACCUCAACCUGACAUAACAUCAAUAAAAUAAUUUUAUCGCAGGAAUCUCA